AUGACCACCAUACGGGACUCCGAUGCCAUUCCUGAUGGAACCCCAGCAAACAAGCUGCCCCAGGUCCAGGGGUCGAGAACCCCAAUCAUAGAACUAACUGGGAUACAGCUUCCAUCAGCUCCGGUUACUCUGGCCUUAUUCGAUGCAUACCUCGAAGCGAAUCAUUGGUACCUUUCCUUGUUCCAUGAGCCGAGCUUCCGAGCGCGUCUAGUCACCAUCCUUCAGACAGAGGGUAUUCUCUCCUCUGAGAAGUCAUUCUUAUUGUUGUUGCUGGCAGUAUUAAUCAUUGGAGCCCGUUUUUCCAAUCACGAAACUCUACGUUCCCUGGAUCCCCAAUUUAAUCCUCAGCAGUUCAGGGCAAUAUGGAUCGAGGCUGUGGAAAGACAUAUAUUCUUGAUCCUACAAGAAGCCACGCUAGAAUCAGUCGCCUGUGCCGUUCUGAUGUCCAUUGUAUACCUCCUAGAACGCAAGACGCAGCUGUCCUUCACCAUGUCCGGACUGGGAUCACGAGCGGCGCAGGCGAUGGGCAUUCAUGACGAGGCCACAUGGGGACCACUAGAUUCCAUUGAGAUACAGGUGCGCCGACGAGUCUGGUGGUCCAUCUACAUGGUCGAUGUGUACACCGCACAAGCGAACGGGAAACCAUCGAUUCUCCCGAACGUGCAGCUCAACGUUUCAGAGCCAGAAGACCUAGAUGAUACGAUGGCCACCUGCCCAGGGAUCGGAUCAUACGAGGUACGAGCAGAUGGCACGUUCAAGCCUGUGACGAUCUUCUCGUACAAUCGCUACAAAGCACAACUGUACUCAAUUGCCGACCCAACGGCGCAUAGUAUACGUCUGCCUCAUAUAAAGCGCACCUAUGCCCGUCUCCUGGAUUGGGAGAAAACCAUCCCGCGAGAGCUCAAGCUUAGCAGCUUUUCGGAAGAUCAGAGCAUGAUUAACGACGCUGCUCUGCGUGUUUUUUCCUUGCAGGCACUAACGCUCCAGGUGAGCUAUGACUACAAACACCUGAUAUUGUUUCGCCCUUUCCUUCUCAGUAGGAAAUACCUCAGUAUCCGAUUACAUGAUGGUCCGAUCGAAUCGCAAGAUGGAUCGGAUACCACGAUCCGUGACCAAUUGUUCACUUCUGCCUUACGCAUGUCGAGUAUCUGUCAAUGGCAAAAUAUUUUAUUUAUUCUUGGGAACACCACAUCUGCCACUCAACUGUGUUUCCAGUGCUUCACAGCGGGUGUGGUGCUGGCGAUGCUGGCCUUGUCUGAACUGUCCUCCCCGCGACUGUCUGAAUGUAAGCAAGGGUUGGCCCGUCUAAUCAAGUCCCUCGAAGUGGCAGGCUCGGGUAGUCCCUUAUCCCGACAGAGUGUCGAUAUUUUGAUGGAAGCCAUGCAUCUCAUCUCGGCCGAGGAAGUCAAGGAGCUGGUCUCCAGGGCGGGCAAACCCGCAGAAGGUCUACGCGGUAGCCUACCAACAGCAGAUUCAGUCAGAUGGUCGGCGGAUAGCCGUGGGCCUGGCGAUGCACAGCGUGCGAUGCAAGAUCCAGAUUCAGUACAUGGACAAGCGAUAUGGGAGGAGCUAAACUUGACGCCGGAUGAAAGCGAGCCAGAAAUACUCAACUCCCUCUCUCUAUAUCAAUCGCUUGCGUCUUUGUUCUAG